UCAGAAUUUUUUGAUAUACCGGUGCUAAUGGGUUUUUAAUCAACAAUUUAAAAACAUACAACAAAAAUACAUAAAUAUGUUAAUUGAAAAAAUAAAUAAUAAAUAGAAAAAUUACAACAAUAUUAAGUGAUUCGAUUCGAUUUGAUUUAAAUGGCACAAAUGCACAACAUUUCAUUUCAAUGUGGAGAAUAUUGCAAAAUCUGAAAUAAAUUAUAGAAAAAUUUAUAAAUAAAUGAAAAAAUAAAUCGUAAUUUGUUAAAAAUCCAACGAGAAAACAAAAUUAAAUAAAUAAUAAUUAUAGUAAAUAUUUAUUGAAACGUGCAAAAUUUAAAAAAAAAUAAGCAAAUAAAUAAAAUACCAAACGAAACUCAACUCAACGGAAUCAUACCAAAAAGUUUUACCUUAAAGGUGUUAUUGCAGUCGUUUAGUUGUAUGUGCUUUGUACUCGUACUCUGCCGUUAAAAUUAAAAAAAAAUAAAAAUAAAAAUAUGGCUGUAAAUAAUAGAAAACACAUUGGCCAACAAUUAUGGCCACACCGUGAACACAAACACCAUCAUAAAUACCAACCAAAUUGGCCAACGAAUUGGUCAACGCUUUUGGUUGUUUCCAUUUUGUAUUUAAGCUGCCUUUUACAAUUUACCUCAGCACAUGUGGCGCUUACGUAUCCACCUGCACGCAAAUACGACUUAGAUUUUUUGGAUAAUUCACGUACCAAAGGACCCUGUGGUAUGCCCAAAGGAUCGAUUCGUACAUCAUUGUUAUCUGGUUCCAAGUUUAAUGUAACAUGGCACUUGGCGUAUCCACACAAAGGUGGCUUUCGCUUACAACUAUUAGAUCCACUCGAUCGACCUCUGGUAGAUUUAACACCUCAAGUGAAUGGUUCAGAGUUUGUGAGAACUGAUGCAACAGCCCAAUCAUAUCAAGUUACAUUGCCAAUUGACUUCGAUUGCCACAACUGUACUUUACGUUUGUUACGCCAGGCCGACGAAUGGUCUAGCAGCUAUCGGUUUUGGUCGUGCGCCGAUGUUGAUAUUAAACAACGUAAGGAAUUUAAAGAGUCAUGUUCGGGUAAAGGUAAAUACUUUCCCUCGCGGUGUAAAUGUGAAAAGAAUUUCUAUGGACCACAGUGCCAAUACAAAGAUGAGUGUUCCAGCAAUCAAGAUUGUGGUAUUCAGGGAAAAUGUAUAGAUUUACAGGGCACAUCGUUGCCGCGUAAACAAUGUUAUUGCAAUUACGGUUGGUUUGGUGUAGGUUGCAAUAAGAGGUCGCCAUAUAAGAAUACAGAUUUUGACCUGAGCGGCUAUUCGAUGAAACAGUUGUCGCCCGAUUAUAAAAUUCAUUGGCGCUUGUUAGAGGAACAGAAGGAAAUUGAAGUUGUGUUAAAGGUUAACGGUACUACAUGGGUUGGUUUCGGUUGGAGGCCACGUUCAUUGACCAAAGAAUGUAAGAAUUUCCCCUUAAUUAAAGACAUUGGAGAUUUGACAACUAGUUUGCAAGGAUCUGCGUCUGCUGAGCCAGAGCCUUCUUCAGAACCAGAACCAAAAUCUGAACCCGAACCAUCUUCGGAACCUGAACCAAAAUCUGAACCAGAACCAUCAUCAGAGCCUGAACCUAAAUCUGAACCAGAACCCUCUUCAGAACCUGAACCAAAAUCUGAACCCGAACCCUCUUCUGAACCAGAGCCCAAAUCUGAACCCGAACCAACAUCAGAACCAAAAUCAGAACCUGAACCUACAUCAGAACCAGCACCAAAAUCUGAACCUGAGCCCACAUCAAAAUCAAAACGUGUUGCUGAAAAUGAAAAUCUUUUAGCGAUGGAUGGUGUCACUUCGGUUGCUACUAGUGUUUCGUAUCGUGUCAGUGCUUCCACUGGCCGCAGACGUCGUGACAUAUCAGAUACAACCGAAUCGGUAUCUCACUCUGAACAUGAGCCACAGUCAAAUCCUGAACCCAUUGCAGAACCUGAGCCAAAAUCAGAGCCUGAACCUGUAUCUGAACCUGAGCCAAAAUCCGAACCAGAACCAAGCUCAGAACCUGAACCAAAAUCAGAACCAGAACCCAGUUCAGAGCCAGAACCAAAAUCUGAACCAGAACCCAGUUCAGAGCCAGAACCAAAAUCUGAACCAGAACCCAGCUCAGAGCCAGAACCAAAAUCUGAGCCAGAACCUACUUCGGAGCCGGAACCGAAAUCUGAACCUGAACCAACAUCCGAGCCAGAACCAAAAUCGGAACCUGAGCCAGAAGCUCGAUCUGAACCGGAACCCUCUUCUGAACCAGAACCCAAAUCGGAACCUGAACCUUCUUCCGAACCGGAACCCAAAUCUGAACCCGAACCUUCUUCAGAACCAGAGCCAAAAUCUGAACCUGAACCCAAAUCGGAACCAGAACCAAUAUCUUCUAAGAACACUAUUGCUCCUCAAACUGCAGAGCCAGACUCUAAAAAAUAUAAAUUAAAUCCCUACACUCCCAUUCAUGAUUUCAAUCCCAUGGAUUGUACGGAUAUUGUUAUUGGUUCGGCCCGAGGCAUGGCAAGCCGAGUUGGUGACUACUAUACACGUGAUAGAUCGACACCACGUCAUGACGAAUUUUAUGGCGGUAAAAGCGAUUUAACUCUUGCCACUGGCUUUGAAAAAGAUGGUGUGACUACAAUAAUCUUCCGUAAGAAACUUGUUGCCACCGAACCAACAGAUCACACUUUGGACGAUGAUUUGACUCAUGUCAUUUGGGCUAAAGGUCAAGAAACUGGCAAUUAUGUUCAUGUACCAGCCUCUGGCAUUGAAACUGAAAUGGCCACAGUCAAAGAGUUUUAUCAACCCGACGAGUUGAAAUAUCACGGUCAUAAAAUGCAACGAGGAUUUACACAAAUUAAUUUCUUCGAAAAAGAAAAAACGAAAAGUAGCGAAAAUGAUGAUGACAGUAAUGUUUUGGACAACGACUGCUAUGGUCAUUGGAAAUAUCCCUCAAAUUGUUCCCCUCAAAAUCAAACAUGCCAGUAUUAUGCAUCAUGGGAAACUAUCGGACGCGGUGAUGACAUGCGUUGGCAUAUUGAGACCACCAAUACCCAAACAUGGACUGGUAUUGGUUUCAGCAACGAUGAGAAAAUGUCUCAAACUGACUCAAUUAUUGGCUGGGUAGAUCGUAAUGGACGUCCCUUCUUAAUGGACACUUGGAUUAAUGGUUACUCGUCGCCAAAGUUGGACGAUCGCCAAGAUAUUGUUGAUGCUACGGGACGUAUUGAAAAGGGUGUCACCACAUUGGAAUUUACCAGAAAACGCAUCAGCAACGAUGAACAGGAUUUAUCAUUUACUGAAGAUCACUGUUUGUACUUGUUCUUCCCAGUAUUGGGUGGUGCUUUUAACGCUGUCAAUAAGAAAAUACGCAAACAUGAAUCAGUUCCUGUAGUUUCGCCCACUCGCGUUUGCAUUAAAUCCUGUGGAAAAGAACUAGAACAAAUUUCGAAUGCUCCAACGACACCAGCUCCCAAUCGUUUAGUCUACGCUGUAGGUGUUAAACUUAUGAAUCUGGCCGAAUCGUUUGAAGCUCCCAAACCAGGCACAGUUGAAUUCAAAAAUCUUGCUGCAACUAUAUCAGAUUCUUUCAAUGGCGUCCUCAAUGACAUUCCCGGUUAUUACAAGACUGAUAUCUUGAGUUUUGAAAAAGAGGGUGCUACAUCUAUGAUUGCCAAUCUUCAAGCCAUGUUCGAUAAGGAUGAAUAUGAAAAGGGACAUGCUCUGGCCACAAACACCAUACCAGCCGACAUCAAAGAGACGGCCAUGAAAAAUGGAGAUAUCAUUAAAACGGCUUUAUUGGAUCAAAUAGCAUCCGGUAAAGUGGGCUCACUUACAGUUGAUCCACAAUUUUUAGAUUUCCAAGCUCUGGAAUAUAAGUCCGUGGAUAAUUCCGAAGAAACGAAAUUAUCAUUUUUCGAAUUAUCAGAAGUGCGUUUGUACAUUGUUUUAGGUCUAAUUGCCGCUUUGGUCUUUAUAGCUUUAAUUCAGGCCUCGUGUACCAUUUAUAAGACUUCCAAAAAGAAUAAGACAAAUAAGGAAAAUCUUAUUCAAAAUUCACCAUGGAAAGAAUACUCAUCGAAUACCAAUUAUGCGUUUGAUCCAUACGGCGAAACGGAAGAAAAAACUAUGACUUCAGGCACAGCUUCAACAACACACAACAAAGAUAAGUCACGAAAUCAACGUCCAUCGACGAAUAGUCAACAGACCACUUUACAAAUGUCUCAUUCGCCCACUAGCAAAUCGCAAUUGUAUUAUGACAAUGCCGCAAAUGGUGGUAGUGGCAAUGGAGCGACGCGUAGCAAUGGUAAUGCUACCACCAACAUGCAAGAAUAUCGUACCAAUGGCCGAUCACAACAACGCAAUGGAAACGGCAAUACGGCUAAUUCCGGAAACAAUGGCAAUAGCCAUUAUGAUCGUUACGAUCGGGGUGAACGGAACGACCGUAGCGAACCACAACAGAAUCAGCAGCAGCCAUCGGCAGGCUAUUCCAGAAAUUCGUAUGCUGAUCGUGCAUAUUCAUUGCCACGCCAACAGCAUCAACAACAAUCAAAUAUGCAACCUUCCGGCUAUUACACACAAGAUCGUCGCGAUCGCAGUGCUCAAAGACAACCGGCCAACGAUGAGCGACGUCAGUAUCGUGAUAGAUCGCGUGAAGAUCCCCGUCUAGUGUCGAAUGGUGGUGCUGAUACGCCGGACUUUUAUUUCAUGCCAUCCCAGCGUAAAUAUUCGGGAGAAGUUGUACGAGUAUACGUCGAUUAUAAUAAGGAUCCAAAACAUUGAAAUUAAUCGAACGGCUAACAUGAAGAGCGCAGUAUGAUAAUUGAUCAAAUAUAAAUUUCAAUUCAUAUACUACAUAUAGGAUAAUUUCGAUUUAGAAAAAUUAAUAUUUACAUUAUUUAUCACAUUCAUAAGAACAAAGGACCAAACUUACUGGUCUUUAAUUUACAAACUAUUUCUAUGUUUAACCGUUAAGGAGGAGCUGGUCCAUUUUUUCAGAAGUUUUAUUUAAACAUUCCGUAUAUAAAAAUAAAAAUAGAAUAAAGAAAAUUAUGUGAUUUAAUUUUUCUGCAACUUACGGAAGGACAGCAAAUACUCUUCUUCAUAAGAUAUUAAAAUAAUUGUCGUAAAUAUUUGUUGCCAUAAAAUUUAAUUAAAAAUGUGAGAUACCUCAAAACACUUUGAAAUAAAAUAAAUUUUUGGAUGAUAAGUAUGAUAAUAAUGGACAUUGCCUUUCGCAAAUAAGUUUUAAAUAAAUGUUUUAUAUCUCACAGCAAAAAAAUGUUAAUAACUUGCAAUUACUGAUCGUCUAAUAAUGACUAAUAUAUAAGUACUUAUUCAUUAGUACGUGUCAUACAAAGAAUCAAUAUAAUUCUCAUUUAGGUAAAACAUACAUAUAUUUCAAAUUUUGCAUAUGAUCCUCUUUGGGGACUUGUGACUCCGCCCUCUGUUGGUCUAUAAGAUGGAAUAUCAAAACAUAAACUUAUCUAUAUGCCUUCUAUAGUCAUGUCGAUUUUUAUUGAUCAUUUCAAUUUCCUUAUGUACUUAAUUUAAACAAUCAUUCUCGAAAUAAACCGCUUUAACAAUCGAACAAAUCGAAGACUGUCUCUUGAAAUACAUUUUUCUUCCAUAAAGUACAAUAUAUUUAAGGUUUGGUGCAGAAACAAGUCACACAAAUUAGUUUUUCACAAGUGUCAUGCAACAAAAUGUUUAUUUAUAUUUGCGUCGUUAAUUUUGAAAGUGACACAAGUUAUUUCAUUCACCGUCAAUUCAUAAUGCAUAUUCUUAAACUGAAACAAUUUAUUUCGUUAUUAUGUUUUGAUGAAAAUAUAAUUUACUUCGUUAAAUUCUGUUUCAUAAAUUCUUUCCAUGUUUUCACAAAAUAUUUGUAGAUAAGUAUAUAAAUAUAUCUAAUUAAUUUUCGCUUUAUUACUUGUUUUCUUAUUUAACUUAAGUAAAUUGUUGUAAUAAAAUAUAAAUUUUGCAAACACCUCAAAUAAAUAUUAGUCAUUUGUUAGUGUAAAAAUAAAAAAAAAACAAAAUAAGUAAUAGUUUGAAAGCAGAACAAUAAAAAUCCUUUAAAGAAAAAAUCAUUCAGUACUUUACAUUACUAAUAAAAUAUUGAAAUAAAUAUUAGUGAAAUUCAUAAUCUCGGGCAUUUCUG